UUUCUAGAGAUGGUACUGAAGAACUCAAAAACUCCUAUGCAGAAUAUGACUAUAUGAACAACCACUUGGUUGAAGUUUCACCAGACUCCCCAAUCGAACAAAAGGAUAGGAUAAACUAUACUCAGCUUAACAGCCAAAUAGCUUUCCUCAAUAUUGGGGAAGGAUCUCAGCCUGAAAUUUCUCUUCAAGAUGAUGACUAUACCAGUGACCAAAUAGAAUCAUUAAUAAAAAGAUUUUCUGAAAGAUUAAGAAAGUACAGAGAGUAA